AUGGCAGAUACGACCAAGCUAGGAAAAAUAUUCAUUGGUGGAUUAUCAUACGAGACGACAGAUGAAAAACUUCGGUCGUAUUUUGGCGCUUACGGCACGGUCACGGAUGCCGUGGUGAUGAAGGACCCGAUAUCUAGACGAUCACGAGGCUUUGGCUUUAUUACGUAUGCAGACCCGUUGUGUGUUGAUAGGGCAUUGGCACAACCUAAUCACAUCUUAGACAGCCGCAGAGUUGAAGCGAAGCGUGCCGUUCCGCGUGCUGAUAGCAUGCGUGAAAUCGGGAUUGCUUCGUCGUACAAUCGUGGAAACGGUGCUAAUUCAAUAUCCAGCAUCAGUCCAAAUAGUGCUGUUGGCGCCACGAAAAAAAUAUUUGUGGGUGGUCUACAUUAUGAAACAAAAGAUGCGGACUUCAAAAAGUAUUUUGCGCAGUACGGCAAGGUAGUGUCGGCUGAAGUGAUGUUCAACCGCGAGACAAACAAGUCGCGUGGAUUUGGCUUUGUCAUUUUUGAAAGCGAGACCAGCGUUGAGCUCGUGCUGCAGGACAAGAAUCACGUGAUUGAUGGUAAAUCCGUCGAAGUAAAGCGCGCUGUCCCGCGUACGGACGUACCUCCUCCGAGGUCCGUGUCGUCUCGUGGAGGCUCUUUCAGCGGUCCAUCUGGGCCUGGCUCUGUGGGAAGCAUGGACGACGUGAUCUCCGCGACAACGCCGCCAAUGUCGCUGUCUGGUAGUGUACCCUCUGUUAGUGGUGCUUCAAUGGGGUCUGAGAAAUCGAGUCGAACGUCUUCGGCUUCGGCUAAUCUUAUGCCUAAUGGCAUGCUCGGGGGGCUACGCUGCUGCUGUUCGCUAUGGUGCCUCAGUAACGGCUUUAACCUUGAGACCUCCACGAUCAGCGGUGUUGCAGAUGCUCUCUCCAGUCUCGUGCUAAGUGAUGGAGUCUUGUCUCGGGGUGGCGGUUUUAUAGGCAGUGCUGCUGCUUCCCCGCCGUUGUCGGCAAGCUCGUCGUCACGCGGAUCGGCGGACCACCUGGUUGACUCAGCUACGAUAUCAGGUACAAACGGGCACUUAUCGCCAUUGGACAUCGCCUUGCGCCCUCUCAAUAAUGAUCCAGUAAUUGAGCAGUGGAAACUAUCACCUAGCUCAGGCCCUCAACGUGUCUCGGACGCCUCUCUUGCCUCACAUUCUGAGUUGAGCUAUCUCCCACAUGGACUGGUGAACGAUAGCAGUGAAUCGUCAAGCUUAUCGUGGGAAGCAGCACCUUGGCAGCAGCAGUCGUGGGGCUCUCCGCCGUUGCCGCGGGGACAACAGCAUCAGCAACAACCUCCGUUGCCUCCUGCUCCAGCACCAUUAUUUUCGAUGUUUUCAAACCAUCUUAGCGGUGGCACUCCUCUUCAUGGAUCGAGUGCGUGGCACUCAAACUCAGACGGCGGAUACGUAAACAACGAAACUACUGUCAAUUCCGACAGAGACGGCUUUGGUAAUGGGAUGAUGGGCAUGGGCUUGUCUAUCAAUAGUGGCUUUGGUGGUAACAGCGUUGGUCAUAGUGCGUUUGGAAUGCACACAGACAGCGUCAAUAGCGCACCGUAUCAAUCGUUGGGUGAUUUUUUGCAGCAAGAGUAUCUUUCAACUGAUUCACAGCAACAACAUGAGACCGUCGUCGCUGACAAUCCACUAGAUUCGGCGUUGUUUGGACGGGGAGGAUUGAGCAGCAGUGACGUACCGCCUGACGUCGACGACUUGUCCAAGGAAUCGUUAUCUUUGGCAUACAAUUUGCCAGCUUCUGGAACAAAGUUUCAUGGGCAGUUUAAAUAA